AUGAAGCGGACACUCCUAAGCAAGAACAAAAUCAAAUUCGUCAAUGGCAAAAUUCCUAGACCAAAUAAAGAUGAUAACCUCUUUGAUGCUUGGGAACAAUGCAACAAAAUCGUGCUUGCUUGGAUCUCUGAUUCUCUAUCUCCAGACACUGCUCAAAGUGCAAUUUAUGUUGAAAAUGUUGCACAACUAUGGACUGAUCUCCACAAUCAGUUUUCCAAAGGUGACCAUUUUUAUUUAUUUGGUCUUCUUCAACAAAUUCAUUCAAUGAAACAAGAUGACAAAUCAAUUGCAUCUUACUUUAACGAGUUAAACAAUUUAUGGGAAGAUCUUGACGCUUUAAGAAUCCUUCCCAACUGUACAUGUGGUGCUCAUGAUGCACGCAAGAAACAAAUAGAUUUUGAAUAUGUCAUCUGCUUCCUCAAAAUGUUGAAUGAUAAUUUCAACCAUGUCAAGUCUCAAAUCCUUAUGAUGGAACCACGACCUGAUGUUACCAAAGUGUUUUCAUCCAUCUUGCAACAAGAAAGGCAAUUAGCUCCUCUUUUUGAUUAUUCAAAGAUUCUUAUGGCUCAUGCUCAUAAUUAUUCACCACAUGCUAAGUUCCAAUCCAAACAAAGUAGAGGCUCUCGCAAACCAUAUAUUCAAAGCAAAAGUUUUAGCAACUCCAAAGUUUGUUCAUUUUAUGGCAAAACUGGAUAUACCCUUGACACUUGCUAUUUCAAACAUGGCUUUCCUCCGAGUUUUAGAUUCAAAGAUAAGGAACAACCUUCAUUGAAGAUGAUUGGGCUUACUAAGCUUUAA